UCCGCACACCCCCACCCGAUUUUUCUCGGAGUACCCCCCUUCCCCGUGAUGUGGAGAAAACAAACUUCCUUUGAUUUUCUCCCUUUCCGGUGUGACGUCAUAGGCUUUUGCAGGUCACCAGCUCUCCACGACUUACGUCAAAUAGGAAGAAACAAUGGCGGAGCCGCCAGGAGCACAUUCACUCAGAGAAGUUGAAAUGAAUACAGACGAUAGAUAUGGCUUUAGAAGAGAAUUUAGAAAACAAAAGCUUGCUUUCAGGGAUAUGGAUAGUAGCUUGGAGGAUCACAAAGAGAGUAAAAAGGGGAAAUCGUCACAGGAAUAUGAACACAACCCUUUUAAUAUGACAGCAAAGAACUUUCCAAAACGAAGAAGCCGAAUGCAUGCCUCUGUUGCUUCAUAUAAUCGAACAAGGGGAAGCACAGUAAGUGCAAACAAAGCUUUGGAACUUGUUAGAGCUGCCUUACAACCUUCCCUGAAUGCAGAAAUUGAAGCAAUGUUAAAGAGCUACCAAGAGAUGUUCCGUAUGGCAGCACGUAACAUCAAGGACAACACAAGUGAGUCAGUCUCUGAGGAGCAGAUAAAAGCUGUUCUCAGACGAAGUUUGGAUGAGGCUAAAGUUCUGUUUAGGGUGGACUCCAAGACGCUCCCUCCAGACAGGAUGAGAUACGAGAGAGGAGGAAGCCCAGCUAUUGUCAAAAAAAAGAGGGCACGACCUGAUGUAGACAAAGAAAGUGAUGGAUCACCUGCUAAAUCAAACAAGAUUGAUACCAGAGCUAUCACCAGUGAGUGGGAUCCUGAGAGCAUCAAUGAAGAUACAGAGUUCAUUAUGGGAGUUAAAGCAAACAAGGCCCUUGGCUUUGCUGCAACAAGAGGAAAACUCUACUACAGACAUCCAGAACUUUUCAAGUACUCAGGGGACUCUGAUGAUAAACUGUGGCUUUAUGAACAGAAUGAACUGCCUAUCACGGGAGGCAAGGCAUUUCUUAUGAUAGCUGAUGACAUCAGGAAACUGGCUGUUCAUCAUGACUACAGGAACAACGAAGGUUUCAAUCUGGAGGAGAUCAAGGGCUUCAAAGUACCUCCCAGAAUGUUGGAGAAGAUGAAAAACCACAUGAGAAAAUUAAAGCGAGAGGCGACAGCUCGAUCUGAGAUCAGAGACAAAGUGAAGGAGGAACAAUCAGCUUCUGUAAAAGAAGAGAAAGGACUGGUAGAACAGACACAAUACAGUGAAACACCACCACAAACUACUGACAACAUCAAACAGGAACAGUGAAACAUUCACUGCUACAUGCUUCAGAGUGAAUAGCGACAACUUACUCAAUUAGAAUUCUGUGGUCUCAGUUGCAGCCAUAAGCGA